CUAAGGCUGCAAGAGGAGAGCCCCGGUCUCUGUUUGCAAUAUAAAUAUUUCUUUUCCAAAGGGCGAGGAAAAGCUGAGAGCUGCAGCUAUGUGGUAGCCCGGGAAUUAGCCCUGCAACGUGAUAAACUGAAACAGUCACAAUGUAAAUCAUCGCGACAAAACGCGUGGAGUUUGAUCACACCCUGAGAUUGGUCCUUCUGAGCAGUUUUACAAUGAGUAACAGUGAGAUGAAAGUUCUCUCAGUCUGCCGCAGCUCCAGAGCGAGAUCCCUUCUACCUGAUUUUAUCAUUUUCUUCAUUACGUUUUAUGUUCACAAGCUGGAAUCAGCCCGGUUCACCGUGACUGGACCUGAUCAUCCUAUCACUGCCAUCAUGGGGGAAGACAUUAUUUUACCCUGUCACCUGUCCCCCAAGAUGAGUGCUGAGAACAUGGAAGUGAGAUGGUUCCGAUCUGAGUUCACUUCAUUUGUGCACCUCUAUCAGCAUGGAAAGGAUGAGUAUGGGCAGCAGAUGCCAGAAUAUCAUGGAAGGACAGAGCUUUUGAAAGCUGGCAUCGUGGAUGGGAAUGUUGCCUUGGGAAUUGUCAAUAUCAGACUUUCUGAUGAGGGACAGUACCGCUGUUUUGUUCAAGAUGGUGUCUUUCAUGAAGAAGCUGUAUUGGAAUUGAAGGUAGCAGCUUCAGGCUCUGCACCUCACAUCUCUGUUGAGGGUCACCAGGAUGGAGGGAUCCGAGUUGUGUGUCAGUCGACUGGAUGGUACCCGGAGCCCGAGGUGCUGUGGAGAAAUCUCAAAGGGCAGCCUUUGUCUUCAUCAACUAAAACCAAAUCUGAAGAGGAACAUGGUCUCUUUGAAAUAAAAAAUUCUAUCAUUAUAACAGAAAAUUCAAACAAGAAUUUGUCCUGUGCUAUAAGGAACACACACCUGAACCAAGAAAAAGAAUCAAUAACAUUUUAUAUAUCAGAUUCUUUUUUCCCAAGAGUAUCUCCCUGGAUGGUGGGUUGGAGCGUGACUUUGGUGAUUUUGUUGGUGUUCAUCGGCCUUACUCUUUUUCUGUUCAAAUUAAAAGGGAAACAUCUCAACAUUAUCAGUAAACUUCAAACAGAGCUAGAGUGGAGGAGAUCCCUGGGUGAUGCAGCGAAUGUGACUCUGGAUCCAGACACGGCUCAUCCAGAACUUGUCCUGUCUGAGGAUCGGAAAAGUGUGAGAUGGGGAGACACACGGCAGCGACUGCCCAACAAACCUGAGAGAUUUGACACUGAUUUCUGUGUGCUGGGCUGUGAGGGAUUCACCUCAGGGAGACAUUACUGGGAGGUGGAGGUGGGAGUUGGGCAACUCUGGGCCAUAGGGGUGGCCAGAGAGUCUGUGAAGAGGAAGGGAGCAAUCAGCCGUAGCCCUGAGGAGGGGAUCUGGGCUGUGGAUCAGAGGCAUGGCCAGUACCAGGCUCUCACUGCCUCUGUGACUCCCCUGCUCCUGAGCCGGGCCCCCAGCAGGAUCCGGGUUUGUCUGGACUGUGAACGGGGGCAGGUGACAUUUAUCAAUGCUGGUGACGAGGCCCCGAUCUUCACUUUCCCGCCAGGCUCUCUCCCUGGGGAGAGAAUCCGCCCUUGGCUCUGGCUGGGGAUGGAAAGCCAGCUCAAACUGUGUCCCUGAGAGAUGGGGGAUGUAUCCCACUGGGGACCCUGAAAUCAGCCUGUCUAGUCUCAUACACCGCAGUCUCUAUGAUCUUGGCAUCAUCCAGUCCACCCAGUCCUAUGGCCUCUUAAUUCUAUGUCCCCUGGAAACUCCUCUCCCGUCCCUCCCUGCAGCACAGAGAUUUAUAAAAAGUCACUGAAGGUGCGACUGUCACUCAUUCAUUUCAUAUGUUACUUCCUCAACUUUGUUGCCAUUUCAGUGUCAUUAAAAAAACUAUUCCCCAAAAC